AUGCCGGUCCGCAGGGGCCAUGUCGCGCCUCAGAACACUUACCUGGACACCAUCAUCCGCAAGUUCGAGAUGCAGAAUCGGAAAUUUCUCAUUACCAAUGUUCGGAUGAAAAAUUGCGCCAUUAUCUUUUGCAACGAUGGCUUUUGUGAAAUGUUCGGCUACUCCAGGGUGGAGAUCAUGCAGAAACCGGGCACCUGUGACUUUCUGUCUGGACCGGCCACACCAGAGAGUGCAAUGGCACAGCUGGCACAAGCCUUACUGGGAUCGGAGGAGAUGAAAGUAGAACUGCUAUAUUACAGGAAGGAUGGCUCCUCCCUGCGUUGCCUGGUGGAUGUUGUCCCUGUGAAGAACGAAGACGGAGCGGUCGCCAUGUUCAUCAUGAACUUCGAGGAGCUGAAGGGAACGGCCCAUUGCUCAGGGACAGGGGACAGCAACCACCGACUCAGCCACGACUGGUUCAGUUCCAGUCGUGGUAAGAGUUUUAGGUUAAAACUUCCAUCUCUUCGCACGAUGACCUUAAGCCAACAGUCUCUGGCCAAGGAGGGUUUUGAUGCAGGGAAUGAUGACCAGUCUGACAGGGACUCCUUGGCCAUGAAGGAUUUCCGAGGCCCCUUGAGUGAAAACCCCACGCAGCCUGAGCAGGAGGCCCUGAUUGAGCUGGGGGAUAAAGCAGCUGCUCAGACUGUCCCCGAACCUAUGGGCCAUUCCCCCCCCAGCCAGGAUCAGGAGCAGCAGGAAUCACAUCUCCAUGGCAGCAGCAGCAACAAACUGAGCCAUGCCCAGUCCCAGGACAGUUUCCACAGCAUCAGGAGAGCCUCCUCCGUCGACAACAUUGAGCAGAUGAGAAGCAAAUUCGAGAAGAAGCUCAGGGAGAAAAGAAUUAAUUCAGACACGGGGAGAAUGAGCUCUAAGCCACACCUCCUGAACUCCACAUCGGACUCGGAUCUGAUGAAGUAUCGCGCCAUCAGCAGGAUCCCUCAGAUCACCCUCAACUUUGUGGAUUUUAAUCCGGACGUCAUCCUCACCCCAUCACCCACGGAGAUCGAGAUCAUCGCUCCCAGCAAAGUGAAAGAGAGAACUCAGAAUGUCACCGAGAAGGUCACACAGGUCCUCUCGCUUGGAGCUGAUGUACUUCCAGAGUAUAAACUGCAGGCUCCUCGUAUUCACAAGUGGACAAUUCUGCACUAUAGCCCCUUCAAGGCAGUCUGGGACUGGCUCAUCCUCCUGUUAGUCAUACACACCGCCAUCUUCACCCCUUACUCUGCUGCCUUCCUGCUUAAUGAUCAGGAAGAGGAGAAGCGUCUGGAAUGUGGCUACUCAUGUAACCCACUGGCCGUUGUGGACCUGAUUGUCGACAUCAUGUUCAUCAUCGACAUCAUCAUUAACUUCCGCACCACCUACGUCAACGAGAAUGAUGAGGUGGUGAGUCACCCAGCCAAGAUCGCCAUCCACUACUUCAAGGGCUGGUUCCUCAUCGACAUUGUGGCUGCCAUUCCAUUUGACCUUCUCAUCUUCAGGUCUGGCUCCGAUGAGACGACCACUCUGAUUGGGCUCCUGAAGACCGCUCGCCUACUGCGCCUGGUCAGGGUAGCUCGGAAACUGGACCGUUACUCGGAGUAUGGAGCUGCCGUGCUCUUCCUGCUCAUGUGCACCUUUGCUCUGAUCGCCCACUGGCUGGCGUGUAUCUGGUACGCCAUCGGGAACGUGGAGAGGCUCUACAUGGUUCACAAAAUAGGCUGGCUGGACAACCUGGGAGACCAGAUCGGAAAGCGCUAUAACAACAGUGACGCCUUGUCUGGACCCUCGAUCAAGGACAAGUACGUGACCGCGCUCUACUUCACCUUCAGCAGCCUCACCAGCGUCGGAUUUGGGAACGUUUCACCCAACACCAACUCAGAGAAAAUCUUCUCCAUCUGUGUCAUGUUGAUUGGAUGUAACCUCCCCAUCACUCUCUACACGACCCCAUGA